CAACACUUUGCCAGAGUAUUUCGAGUGCAGCAACAUGGUCGCCGCUCGACGCUCACCAUGGCCAACGCGGUCGUCGAUCCAGCGGUGGAUGACGACACGAUAGCGCAGCAGCACGCGCCGGACGAGAGCGACUAUGGAUCCGACUUGGACGACGCCACACUCGACGAGUUGUUCAGUCAGCCUCUGUCCCCGCCACAAGGAGGACCGCCGCCAGGAAUCAAUACAGAAGAUGUGGAAGAGCCGGUGAUACCUCAACGCGAUGAGUCGGAACUUCAAUCAGACAUUCUGCGUCUCCCACGCGCCGACGUGGAAGCGUUGCUCGCGACUUUGGGGCACGCCACUGCAUUGGUGCAAGGAGCCCUCGAUCAGCCAGUGCACGCGCUUGACGGGAUUGCAGAGGCACGCCUGGGCAGCCCAGGUUCGGGGAAAGUCCGAUACAGCAAGUCCGGCGACAUCGUAUCACCGACUGAACAUGUAGGCGAGACACCGAUCAAACGAGAGAGCAGUCCGAUUGAACAGCCUGACACGAACGACACGCGAUCACCCAUCGAGAGAUUUCGAAAACAUCGGGCAUUGACAGUCACGGACCUCGUGACGCCGGCAUGGUGCGAGCUACAGUAUCGGUACAGCCUCACGAAAUAUGGGAGGAUCAAGCGAACGCCCGCCAUGAAGCAGGGCAGUAAGAUCCACAAACAGAUUGAAGAGGAGACUCAGAUCGAAGUGCCCGUGUCGACAACGACAAAGGAAGACCGAUUUGGUGUGAACUUGUGGAAUAUUAUACAGGGCCUGCGAGCGUUACGUGCCACAGGUUUGACGCGUGAGCUGUCAGUCUAUGGGGUCGUGGAUGGGGAUGUGGUAGUUGGGAAGAUCGAUGCCGUAUCUUACGCGUGUCCGGACGAGAAGUUCGAGGCUGAUAUGCUCGCGAUGCAGGAGGCAGCGAAGAAUGGGGGGAGCAAGAUCAAGAAAGAGACGCUUCCCGCAGAUCAAAGGACGAUGACAGACUACCUCCGAGGGUCCCAGGAGCAGGACACGAUAUUGAACAGCCAGGCAGCCUGGUCAGGGACGCCCGCACGACGGCGAUCAGCAAGGACCAUCUACCUCAGCGAUGUGAAGACACGGGGCUCGAGAACUGUCCCAAGCGGCAAGAUGCUCAAGUCGACACAGAUGCAGCUCAUGCUGUAUAGGCGUUUCUUGAACGAUCUCGCGGCCAACGAAGUCGAAGCUAGCCGCAUCUUCGAUCUGUACAAGCUGGAUGCAAAUGCUAAUUUCAGCGACGAUUUCCUCGCCAGCAUGGCAAAGCUGCAGCCCAGCUCUCCGACACCAUCGCAAUCUGCAUUCGCGGGAUUCGAGGUGGACGAUGCGAACGACGAGAUGAUGCCGUCAGCAGACCACGACGUGUCCGGUUAUGAUCCCCUCGACGAGAUCCUCAGUCACAAUACCCUCUCCUCCCUCUGGUCUCACAUGAUCGCCGAGUUCCGUCUCACGAUCCCGAUCAGCUCAAGCUCUUCCUGCAUCUCGCCGCUCUUGACGGCCGAAUUCCGCGAUGCGUCGAGCGGCUCUCUCAUCGGGCGGCGGAGUUUUGCAUACGACGCCGACGUACUGGAAGAGUAUGUCAAGAGCGAAAUGUCAUGGUGGAGAGGUGAACGAGAGGCGCAAGGGGUACAAGACAUCGAGGAAGCGGGCUACAAAUGUCGGAGCUGCAAAUUCGCGGACAUUUGUACGUGGCGGAUAGACUUGGAUGAGAAGCAUGGGCAAAAGGGGAAGUUGAGGAGGUCUACGAUCACGCCGUCGGCGACAACGCAGUCGCAGGGCAGUCCGGUGGCGAAGGCUAGCCGGGCGUGAAAUUUCCCAGAAGUGGCAAAGGAUCUUUCUUGGAACGGCUUCAGGUGACGCCCUUCUACGCUUUUGUCUGCUGUGUCAUGGAGCAAAUGAUGAUGAUGAUACCCGGAUG